AUUUCCAGCUCGAGAUCUGUGUGCUUGUGCUGAUUUUCCAAUGAAGUACAUUCUGGUAACUGGUGGUGUCAUCUCAGGCAUUGGCAAAGGGAUCAUUGCAAGCAGCAUUGGCACCAUAUUGAAAUCGUGUGGUCUACGUGUCACUGCAAUCAAAAUUGAUCCUUACAUAAACAUAGAUGCUGGAACCUUUUCACCAUAUGAACAUGGUGAAGUUUUUGUAUUGAAUGAUGGUGGAGAAGUUGACUUAGAUUUGGGAAAUUAUGAGAGAUUUUUGGACAUCAAUCUCUAUAAAGAUAACAAUAUCACCACUGGAAAGAUAUAUCAGCAUGUCAUUAAUAAAGAAAGACAUGGAGAUUACCUUGGAAAAACCGUUCAAGUUGUUCCACACAUCACUGAUGCAGUUCAGGAGUGGGUAAUGAAUCAGGCAAAAGUUCCAGUGGAUGAUGACAGAAAAGAGCCACAAAUUUGUGUAAUUGAGCUGGGUGGAACCAUUGGAGAUAUUGAAGGAAUGCCAUUUGUUGAAGCAUUUAGACAGUUUCAGUUCAAAGCAAAAAGAGACAACUUCUGUAAUAUCCAUGUUAGUCUAGUACCCCAGCCUAACGCCACUGGUGAACAGAAGACAAAACCAACACAGAACAGUGUUCGAGCACUGAGGGGUCUAGGCUUGUCUCCAGACUUGAUUGUCUGCAGAAGUGCAAAACCUAUAGAAAUGGCAGUGAAGGAAAAGAUUUCCAUGUUUUGCCAUGUGGAACCUGAGCAGGUGAUAUUUAUCCAUGAUGUUUCUUCCACUUACCGAGUACCAAUCCUGUUGGAGGAGCAAGGCAUCAUUAAGUAUUUUAAACAGAGGUUAAAUUUACCUAUUGAUGACCAGCCAAGUGAUCUUCUAAUGAAAUGGAAGAAAAUGGCUGACAGAUAUGAAAGGUUGCUGAAGGUGUGUUCCAUAGCACUCGUUGGCAAGUACACAAAACUAAGUGAUUGCUAUGCAUCUGUUUUCAAGGCUCUGGAACACUCUGCGCUGGCAAUUAAUCACAAACUGGAUUUAAUG